AAUCUGGUCCUUUAUUUACACCUCGAUUCCAUCGAUGUUUAUCACCAAACUUUCUUAUCAAAUUAAACACUGAAAAAUCAGACUCUUCUCUGCCCUCACCAUUCAAUACAAGCUACCAUGAGUGAUUCCUCCAACUUUGUAAGCCAGGUUGAAGAAGAAGUUAUAGAAAAGAGAAAUGAAAAGCCAGAGUGGGUAGAAGCAUUUCUGCGAAGAACAUUCUUUGAUGGAUGUACACUUCACCCAAUUCGAAGGAACGAAAAGAACAGAUACUGUAUCAACUGUGACUCAUCUGCUUGCCAAUAUUGCUUGUCUUCCACCUCUCAUCGCCAUCACAAGAUUCUUAAAAUAUAUCGGCAUGUCUACAAGGACGUUGUCUCACUAGUUGCCAUGGAGAAGUACAUUGAUUGUGCUGACAUUCAGCCAUACAAGUGCAAUAAACGGCUGGUAAUAGCAUUGAAUCCUCUCCCCCAUUGUGGUCCGAUAUUGAACACUGAGACAUCAUGUGACAUCUGCAAGAGAAGGUUAGCUGAACCAGAUCUUUAUCGUUAUUGCUCUAUUUCUUGCAAGGUCAUAGCAUUUGAGAGGAAAUCAAGCGAUUUAGCUCCCCCUUUUCUUUCGAUCAGGUCCCCAAAGAAAGCUUUGAAAGCUGAGCAACUAAAGCACAAAAGAAAAGGAAAACCUCAAAGGGCUCCCUUCUUUUAAUGUCCAAAAUAUUCUUAACACCCAACAAUUGAUUUUCUUCAUAUAUAUUGUUUUGUUUUGGACAAUCCCCCUCAAGUUGAGGGGGUGAAAAAUAUCCUUCAUUUCCAACUUGGAACUAAGAUACUUAUGCUGUUGCACACUUAGGCUCUUUGUCAUUAUGUCUGCAGUCUAUUCUUUAGUUGAAACAUGUUGUGUCUUGAUUCAGUCCUUGGAUUUUCUCCCUAACAAAAUGACAGUCGAUUUCUA